ACUAUAUAUCAUAUUACCCAAGUGAUUGAAGAAAAAACUGGAGACAAUUGUGUUUGCCAGAAAAAAUAUUAUUUAUUCCAACUUUUAAAGGAUAUUUUAAAAUAUUUAAAUGAGCUUUUCCAUUUCUAAAACUGGACCUCCGAACAAAGAGAUAAAUUUUCCUGGACUUUGUCCACUGAUUUACCAGAAUUUCUAGAUUACAGAUAAGACAGAACUUUGCACUGUAAGAGGGAGGAGGGAGAGAAGAGUGAAGAAUGAGGGGUGGGGAUUUCCUCUUGCUAAUUACCUUUAUACUUUACUGAGGAUACACAAGUGUAGCAUUUAUUCACCUUCUGUCUCCUGUAGUAGUUCCAGGUAUGAUGCUAAGGCUCUUGCUCUAGCUAGCACAAAUGCUUAGUAACAGCUGGAGUGCCCAGCCUAUACUAAAUUUCCCUUAGAUCAACAACAUAAGGGAUGUUGGAGGCUGGCUAUGAGAGUAUCUGCCAAUAAGAAGAAACUAAAGAAGAAAAAUAUCUCUGCAGCUGGUUUGGAAUAAGAUUUGAUGUACUAAGAAUCUGAUCAUCAUUUGUGCUUUGAAAUAUAUUUCUGCCUUCUAAGAACUUAGUUUUCUGCCCAUGGACUUCAGUUUUCCAUAAUGAUUGUUAAAAAAUUAUUUUUCUGCCAAAAACAGUAUUUGUGGGCUUUUGGAUGUCUUAUGCUCUUGCUCACAGCUAUUUUGAAACUGUCUGACAACUGGGAAUGUGACUUCAGUGACUUGGGGAUGGAGUCUCUAGACUUCUGGAAGAAAACCUGCAAAGAUAAACUUUAUCAAUCCCUGAAAUUGCCACCCAAGAACUCCAUCAACUGCUCUCUGAUCACCAGAGGGAACCCUGAGGCUUUGGCGGAGGCAGCCUUGUCCAAGUUGGAGAUCAAGUUAAGAAGGCAGCCUCUGAAUGAAACUCAUUAUCUCAACUUGACUCGUGACUGUGCUCACUUCAGGACCAGUCAGAGGUUCAUUCAAACCCCCUUGAGCAAGGAGGAGGCCGACUUCCCCAUUGCAUAUUCCAUGGUGAUUCAUGAAAAGAUUGAAAACUUUGAGAGGCUCCUGAGAGCUGUGUAUGCCCCACAGAACAUCUACUGCAUCCACGUGGAUAAGAAGUCUCCAGAAGCCUUCCAGGAGGCAGUCAGAGCCAUUAGUUCAUGUUUCUCAAAUGUCUUUGUGGCCAAAAAUCUGGUCCAAGUGGUGUAUGCUUCCUGGUCCAGAGUACAAGCAGAUCUGAACUGCAUGGAGGAAUUGCUCCAGAGUUCUGUGCCCUGGAAAUACCUUUUGAAUACCUGUGGGACUGAUUUCCCCAUAAAGACCAAUGCUGAGAUGGUGAAGUCUCUCAAACUGUUGAACGGGAAGAAUAAUAUGGAAUCAGAAAUACCCUCUCCCUUCAAAAUAAGACGCUGGAAGUAUCACUAUGAGGUCAAGAAUAAGAUAUACAGGACUGAAACAGAAAAGAAGCCCCCGCCCCAUGGCUUGCCUAUGUUCACAGGGAAUGCCUAUAUUGUGGCUUCCCGAGACUUUGUUCAACACCUCUUUAAAAGCCCAGAUGCUCAAAAGUUCAUAGAAUGGGUGAAGGACACCUAUAGCCCUGAUGAACAUCUCUGGGCUACUCUGCAUAGGAUGCCCUGGAUGCCUGGCUCUGUUUCCUACCAUGAAAAGUACCAUAUCUCUGACCUGAAUGCCAUUGCCCGGUUUGUGAAGUGGCAAGGCAUCGAUGGUGAUAUCAGCCAGGGGCAUCCCUAUCCCCUCUGCACCGGAAUCUACCAGCGAGGUGUUUGUGUGUAUGGGGCUGGAGACUUGCAUUUUAUGCUCCAAAGUCACCAUCUGCUGGCCAACAAGUUUGACCCGAAGGUAGAUGACAAUGCACUCCAGUGCCUGGAAGAAUAUCUGCGGUACAAAGCCAUUUAUGGGAAGGACCUCUGAGGGAGAAAAUGUGGCCACCUAUUGGGCAGAGUCUAAGAAACUCAAGCAUGUAAGGAAUCCCUUAGCACAGUGUGACAUGGCUGUGGAGAAAUUUAAUCCUGAACUUUUGUGGCACCCCCAAAGAUGAGAGAUUUCUUCUUUCGGAUCAGCGUUUAGAAUCGGUGAUAAGCAGGACUGGAACUAAGAGGUGAUUUCUGCUCUCUAUGGUUGCUGCUUAUAUUAUGUCCUUCUUAUGAGAGUGGGUGAUAUAGUAAAGAAGGGGGGGGGGGGAGCCAAGGAGCAAAAAUGUAAGGGAGGGAGACAGGGAGACCUCCACUUAAGUUACUAUUCUCAUCCCACUUGUCUCCAGGACAUGAUAUUCUCAUGGAAAAGAUGUUUUUUGGGGUACCUGACUCACUAGUGGACAGGAACCAAGAAUUUGGAUAGCAGUCCAAGUGAGUUAUGGGUUUUGUCCAUUUGGUGUUGUGAAAAGAGCAUUAGAUUGUUGGAAUGCAACAGUCCAGAUUCGAGCCCUGGGUCUAAAAUGUAAUAGUUUUGUGUGCAUAAAUGACAUCUCUGAGCCCCACAUACUUGAGCUGUGAAAUGGGAAUAAUAAUCCUGUUAGCACUACCUACCUCAGAGAAGUGUUAUGAGCCUUUUUUUUUUUUUUUUUUUA